GGUAGUAUAUAGAGCAGGCCACACCACUAUACCAAUAACAUACCAUCGUAUUCCUUAUUAACCCAAAAGUCGAUUCCCGACAUUAUAUAAAGUCAUAUCAGGCUCUCAGCACAACAAAAGAAUGGCAAGCAGCACCACCACAUCCAUCACUAUAUUUAUUCUACCCAUAUUCCUAUUGACAUGUCUUUUUCCUAUAGUACUCUCAGAAAAGUGCAGCCCACACGAAAAGAAAGCGCUCCUCCAGAUUAAGCAAGAACUGGGCAACCCAAGUAUGCUCUCCUCUUGGAACGCAUCCACCGACUGCUGCUCCUGGAACGGGAUACAAGUAGAAUGCUCCAACACCAAACCUUACCAUGUCAGCCAACUAGAGCUCUAUGGGCUGGACCUCCCCGCCCCAGUUAACAUCCCUCCCUCCAUAUUCAACCUUCUUGAUCUUGAGCAACUCUUCUUAUUUGAAAUGCCCAACCUAACAGGCCCAAUACCAUCCCAGAUCACAAAUCUCAAAAAGCUUAGCAUCCUCUACAUAUUCAGCACCAACGUAUCAGGCCCAAUACCCGACUCCCUGGCCCAAAUUAAGACCCUCUGGUCCGUUAACCUUUCCGGCAAUAACCUCUCGGGAAAACUCCCUCCUUCUCUCCCCUCACUACCAACUAUUAGCGUCAUCUUUUUCAAAGGUAACAGGAUCUCUGGCCCAAUUCCCGACUCGUACGGUUCCUUCGUGUCGAAAAACCUGUCGACGCUGACUCUGUCUCACAACAUGUUGUCCGGGAAGAUUUCAGCGUCGUUGCGGGGGCUGGACGUGAGUUUUCUGGAUCUGUCAUGGAAUAAGCUUGAAGGCGAUGGGUCGGUACUGUUUGGGGCGGAAAAAUCGACGGCGGAGAUAAGCCUUGCUGGGAACUACUUGUCGUUUGAUAUCGGGAAAGUAGAGUUUGGUAGGAACAUAUCGAGGCUGAAUCUGAAACACAAUCGCAUUUACGGUAAGCUCCCUGAGGAGCUGACGAAGCUGCCGCAUUUGACGAGAUUGAAUGUGAGCUAUAAUCAACUGUGUGGACCCAUUCCGCAAGGGGGCAGGUUGCAAGGGUACUUCCCCAUUGAUGCAUCUUCUUUCGCAAAUAACAAGUGUUUGUGCGGGCCACCCCUCUCUCCAUGCAAGUGAUCUCCUAUGUCCGAGGCUCCUAGCCGUUGGAGGGUAACUUUUGAUGGAACUGGAACAUAAGGAUGAUGAAAUUGCGAUGUAAUCCUUGCUGAUUAUUGUGUAAGAUAUUUUAAGAUCAAAAUUCGUACUUUACUUUAAAAUUA